AUGGAUCUCAUAAGCGAUCUUCCAGACGGUGUUCUUUGUCAUAUACUGUCCUUCCUUACCACAAAGGAAGCUGCUUUGACUUCAGUUGUCUGCAAGAGUUGGCGCAAUCUGUUUGCGUUUUCCCCUACUCUUCACAUUGAUUACUGUGAUUUUGGACAGAGCUUCAUGGAAUUUGUGGAUAGAGUAAUGGCAUUGCAGGGUGAUUCUCCCAUUAAGAAAGUCUACCUCGGUGGUAGGGGCUGUAUUGAUAUGGAUCGUGUGAAUGGUUGGAUACAGAACGUGAUGGUGCGUGGUGUUUCGGAGAUUGUUCUAUCAAUCGUUGAUGUUAGGAGAUCAGCAGAUUACGACAAUCAUAUGUUUCCGAAAGUUUUCAAGAACAAGAAACUAGUUAAGCUUGGGUUAGGUUAUUGGUUUGAUAUUUGUUUGAUGGACGAGAGCAUUUUCUUACCGGCGCUCAAAACUCUCGUUCUUGAGUCAGUUAGGGUAUCUGCUGAUACGUUUGAGAUUCUUCUUCAUGCUUUGCCUGCGCUUGAGGAAUUAGUCUUAAAAUAUGUUAACUGGAAGGAUAUGAAUGUUACUGUGACUAUAUCAAGUGCAAGCCUCAAGUCCCUAACGAUUGAGUUAAAUCUUUAUUUAAUUACUUUUUCAUUUGAUACACCUAGUCUUGUUUACUUCUCUCACUUUGAUUCUGCCGCGGAAGAUUAUUCCGUAGCUAAAAUGGAUAACUUGUUUGAGGCUCGAAUCCGCCUUUCGGUAAAUGAUAAAGAUAUCGAGCGAGCAAGAUUGCCACACAAUAUUUUGUUCGGUAAUGAUAAUGUUAUCAUCCGAUUUUCAAAUGUGGGAAGCCUUAUGAAUGGCUUUCAACAUGUCCGGUGUCUAGUUAUGUGUCCUAAUACUCUUGAGGUGAUUUCUGUCUGCUGUGAAUCAUUGCCGAUGUUCAAAAACCUCAACUCAUUAACUAUUAAAAGCCACGAUAGUCGAGGUUGGCAAGCAAUGCCCGUUCUUCUAAGGAAAUGUUCGCAUUUAGAAACUCUAGUCCUUGAGGGUCUCUUGCACCAUGUUACAGAUAAAUGCGGGGAUGCUUGUGACUGCAUUUCUCGGGAGGAAAAGGGUCGUUCUCUCACAUCUUGUCCAGUAAAAGUGUUAGAGAUUAAAAGGUUUAAAGGAACAACCAAAGAGAUGCACCUGAUAAAACAUUUCUUGGACUAUUUUCCAUGUUUGAAGGAGAUGAAUAUCUAUAUGGAAGAGAAUGAUCCUACACAUAUUAGAGUGCCUGAAGUGUCUCAAGAGAUGAUGAUGGAACACUAUAACAAGACGACAUCGUGUUGCUGUUGCAGUGUCCAGCUUCUAGCGAGUGGUAACUUGUGUAAGAAGUGGACUCCAUAA